CGCUGACGUCAACUGGCGGCGCGCUGCCCGCACUGCGGCACCCAGCGGGCGCUCAGAGCCGGAGUAUCUGGCGGCUGGGGAGGCGGUGCGGCCGUCUGGGUCUCAACCCACCCCGCACGGUCCCGGCGUCGGCUCCGGAGGGACCCUGGGCAGGUCUGCGCCCUCUUCGGUGUCAACCUGGUGCUGAAUCUUGAACCCGUGAAAUACCUUCUUAAUUACAUCUGAGAAAAGGAUCCUUAUUGAAUCAGUGCUUUACACUAUAACUCAAUGCUCUCCAUGAAGCUGAGAUAUGCCCACUGUUGAGAGUGAAGCAAAGGUGAAGACCAAAGUUCGCUUUGAGGAAUUGCUUAAGGCCCACAAUGAUCUAAUACGUGAAAGAAGAAAACUGAAGGAAAAAAUUGGCAAAUCUGGAGAAAAAAUCUCACUUGAUGCAGUCAGAAGCAAUCUUCAGAAAAUCAGAGAAACUAAAAGUGAUGAUAUAAGUGCUGCUAACACUAAGAACCCAGGGAAGAACAUGCGAGUCACUAAAAACAAACCAAGAGAUCCGCAGCCAGCAACUGAAGAUCCCGAUAAUGAUGUUACUGUGGAGGACGACAAGCAAGAAAAGGCAAAUAAAAAGGUUAUAAAAACAGCACUCCAGGUGACAACACAAGAAGUGGAGCCGGAAACUCCUGAGAAGAAGGCGGAUGCAACACCCCAGAAAGCACGGACCAAGCCACUGCCAGGUGUCACUCAUGAGAAAAGUGAGAAGGCCGAGGAAGGAGAAAAUAGUUUAGGUGAGGAAGAACUGAUGCAAGUAUACCAGCUCCAAGUAGCUGAAGAAAUGGCAAAGGAGAUUAAGAAGAAAAUCCGAAAGAAACUCAAGGAGCAGUUGGCUUACUUUCCCUCAGAGACUUCCUUUCCUUCAGAUACUUCAUUGUAUGAUGACAAAUUGAACGGUGAAAAAAGAAAAAAGAAAAAAAAGAAGGUUCCAAUCCUGUCUAAAUCUGAAACAAGUACAUUGAUCAUCUCUGAUGACCCAGUUGAAGGUGAACAAAAGAAGGAAUCUCCAGUUGGAGCAGUUACUUCAGAUUCUCAUCAAGAUGAUGAAAUAAGCUCAAAGGAACAAAAUGUAGAAGACAAUGUGCAAGAUGACGCAAAAUCCAAACCGAAAAAAAAGAAGAAGGCUAAAACAGCCCUGCGUGAAUGCCAAAAUCUCUGCUGGUUUCUCUGUCCCCCAGUAGGGGCCUUCUGCCAGGGGGUACGCCUGGAUUCUCAACCUCUAGAUGCGCCCAGAAUUGUUUCAGAUGAUAAUGAAGACACUGAUGGUGACGGUGUUCAUGAAAUAACAAGCCGAGAUAGUCCAGUUUAUCCCAAAUGUUUGCUUGAUGAUGACCUUGUCCUGGGAGUUUACAUUCACCGAACUGAUCGGCUUAAGUCAGAUUUUAUGAUUUCUCACCCGAUGGUGAAAAUUCAUGUGGUUGAUGAGAAUACUGGUCAAUAUGUCAAGAAAGAUGACAGUGAACGGCCUGUUUCAUCUUACUAUGAAAAGGAGAAUGUGGAUUAUAUUCUUCCUGUUAUGACCCAGCCAUAUGACUUUAAACAGUUAAAAUCAAGACUUCCAGAGUGGGAAGAACAAAUUAUAUUUAAUGAAAACUUUCCCUAUUUGCUUCGAGAUUUUGAUGAGAGUCCUAAAGUCAUCCUGUUCUUUGAGAUUCUUGAUUUCUUAAGCAUGGAAGAAAUUAAGAACAGCUCUGAAAUUCGAAACCAAGAAUGUGGCUUCCGGAAAAUCGCCUGGGCAUUUCUCAAGCUUCUAGGAGCCAAUGGAAAUGUAAACAUCAAUUCGAAACUUCGCUUGCAGCUGUAUUACCCACCCACAAAGCCUCGAUCCCAAUCAAAUGUCGUUGAGGUUUUUGAGUGGUGGUUAAAAUGUCCAAGAAAUCGUUAUCCAUCAACGUUGUAUGUAACUGUAAGAGGAUUAAAAGUUCCAGAAUGUAUAAAGCCAUCUUAUCGUUCUAUGAUGGCUCUUCAGGAAGAAAAGGGUAAACCAUUGUAUUGUGAACAACACCAUGAGGCACGUUCAGUAGACACAGAACCUGGAUUAGAAGAUUCAAAGGAAGUGGUGAAGUGGAAACGACUGCCUGGGCAGGCUUGCCGUAUCCCAAACAAGCACCUCUUCUCACUAAAUGCAGGAGAGCGAGGAUGUUUUUGUCUUGCUUUCUCCCACAAUGGAAGAAUAUUAGCAGCAGCCUGUGCCAGCCGGGAUGGGUAUCCAAUUAUUUUAUAUGAAAUUCCUUCUGGACGUUUCAUGAGAGAAUUGUGUGGCCACCUCAAUAUCAUUUAUGAUCUUUGCUGGUCAAAAGAUGAUCGCUAUAUUCUUACUGCAUCAUCUGAUGGCACUGCCAGGAUAUGGAAAAAUGAAAUAAACAAUACAAAUACUUUCAGAGUUUUACCUCAUCCUUCUUUUGUUUACACGGCUAAAUUCCACCCAGCUGUAAAAGAGCUGGUGGUUACAGGAUGCUAUGAUUCUGUGAUACGUAUAUGGAAAGUUGAUAUGAGAGAGGAUCCUGCCAUAUUAAUCCGACAGUUUGACGCUCACAAGAGUUUUAUCAACUCUCUCUGUUUUGAUAUUGAAGGUCAUCACAUGUAUUCAGGAGACUGCACAGGGGUGAUUGUUGUUUGGAGUACGUAUGUCAAAGUUAAUGAUGUGCAACACUCAGUGCGUCACUGGAGUGUAAAUAAGGAAAUUAAAGAGAGUGAGUUUAAGGGGAUUCCAAUAAGUUACUUGGAGGUUCAUCCCAAUGGAAAACGUUUGUUAAUUCAUACCAAAGACAGUACUUUGAGAAUUAUGGAUCUCCGAAUAUUAGCAGCAAGGAAAUUUGUAGGUGCAGCAAAUUAUCGAGAGAAGAUUCACAGUACUUUGACACCAUGUGGGACUUUUCUCUUUGCUGGAAGUGAGGAUGGUAUAGUAUAUGUUUGGAACCCAGAAACAGGAGAACAAGUAGCAAUGUAUUCUGACCUGCCAUUCAAGUCACCCAUUCGAGAUAUUGCUUAUCAUCCACUUGAAAAUAUGGUUGCAUUUUGUGCGUUUGGGCAGAAUGAGCCAAUUCUUCUAUAUAUUUAUGAUUUCCAUGUUGCCCAGCAGGAGGCUGAAAUGUUCAAACGCUACAAUGGAACCUUUCCAUUACCUGGAAUACACCAAAAUCAAGAUGCUUUAUGCAUCUGCCCUAGACUGCCUCAUCAGGGCUCUUUUCAGAUUGAUGACUAUGUCCACACUGAAAAUUCUUCAAUGAAGAUGCAGCAAGUGAAACAGAGGAUCGAUUCUGUCACAGAGGUGAUACGAGCCUGUGCUGCAAAGGUUAACAAAAAUCUCUCAUUUACUUCAGUAUCAGCCUCCUCACAACAGUUGAAGUCAAAACAAUCAAACGUGCUGGACGCUCAUCAGAUUCUGCGUCAGUUUGGUUUCACUCAAACUGGGAUUAUCAGUAUAGAAAGAAAGCCUUGUAACCACCAUGUAGAUACAGCACCAACGGUAGUGGCCCUUUAUGACUACACAGCGAAUCGAUCAGAUGAACUAACCAUCCAUCGCGGAGACAUUAUCCGAGUGUUUUUCAAAGAUAAUGAAGACUGGUGGUAUGGCAGCAGAGGAAAGGGACAGGAAGGUUAUUUUCCAGCUAAUCAUGUGGCUAGUGAAACACUGUAUCGAGAACAGCCUCCAGAGGUAAAGGAGCGAUCCCCUCCUUUAACCCCUAAGGAAAAAGCCAAAAUGGAAAAAGCUUUUUCAGCUCCACAAAAGCAGUCAUUCAAGUCCCAGGAUUUCAGACCGGGCUCAGAGUCUAUGACACAUAAAGAGCUGAAGAAGAAUGAAGGGGCAAGGAACCAAAUAUACAGAAAUGAAAUGACAAAUUAAACCAAAUGGAAUUUCUCUUCAGAGUUCAGAAAUUUCAGAUGGCCAGGAAGAAAGGAAGGCUCUACUAUUUCUUAUCCUUAUGAAAGAAUCUAGAAAAAUCAGAAGCAAGGUAUGGGUGGAAAAAUAAAUGUGGCCUUUUGAAAAGCUUAAUUGUUAUAAACCAUUGUGUUUGCUGUUGAUCAAAGUAUUGGUACUUGUAUUUAUUAGUAACUGCAUCAAAAUUACAUUACCAUUCUUGGAAAAAUCAAUAAAGAAAAACCAUAAUUGCCACACAGCAAAUAUGAGGAAAAAGUGUUUGCAUUGUUAGGAUGUCCAUAAAGUAAUCAUUUAAUAUUAUAUCUGUAAUGUGGUUCUGUGUGUGAUGAUAUACUCAGAAUAUGAAAUAUCUGCUAUUUAAAUUUAACUUUAUUUAAAAUAAAGAUAAGCAGCUUCAGGAUUUUGUGUAUUCAAAAUGGUCCAAGUAAGAAAGGCAUUAAAAGGUAACAAAUGUUUACCUUGUUUUUAAAUUUUUUAAUUUGUUUUUAAAUUUUUACAUUGAAUUAUUUAUUUCUUUAGUUCCAGAGUAACAGUGUCAUUACUAUGUGACCAUAUAUUUUGAAGUGAGAUGUUAUAAAAUGGGAAAGUUCAUCUCUUUGUUUUUCACUUGACUCUUCUUAAAACUGUGUGAUUUUAAGUCUGUCAAUAAAAUAUGUAACUUCAAGAAGGUCAAAACUAAUAUAAAAUUAGAAAACUUAUUUACCAAAUUAGACAAUUGAUUCCAUUAAAGUAAGAAGUGAGAAAAACAGUGUUGGGCAUUGAGGUGUAAAUUUUGCCCAGAUGUAUACCGGAUGUGAAAAAUCUUCUAGUAGAAAUAUAUUUGACUCUUACCCCUGCACAUGUUGUAGAGGCAUGAAAAUUGGUAAACUUGCCCGUGCUGUGUAGAACUUGGGGGGAGGAGGGCAUUUUUGAAAGUGGUGAGUGGCAUUGAUGACUGCUGAAGCCCUCAGCCAUUAGCACAGAAAUGUGUUCCGAUAGUACCAAGCUCCCCUGUUCUAGAUGCACACGUCUGUGCUUCAGGUACAGCUGGACCCAGCCAGCUUGAGUCACCCUUGUACAGGCUUGUUUUUUCUUUCUUGUUAAUGCACUUGAUAAUGAAAAAAAUAAAAAUAUGUGACUCUCUGCA